UGUCUACCUAGCUAGCUUUUUCUUGAUCUUGAUGCUUAUAGCCAGGCCUCUUUCUCUUGAUAUUAUAUAUAAACACUCAUAGAAGCAGCAAAUUAGCCAGAGAAAUUGCCUCUCAUUUCCUUCUUGCAUGCUUUAAUUAGCUGCCAGAAAAUUAUAUAUAAAGUGGAUCCAAAUCAUGGGAAGAGGUCCCUUUCGUUCGAUGAACAGGAGGAGAAAGAGGAAGAUCACAUCUUCCCUAUCUACUCAGCUCGAUCUCAACAAGACAUGAAUGCAAUAGUUUCAGCCCUAGCUCAAGUCAUUGGAAAUACCAAUAAUAAUCCUCUUCAAGUUCAUGAAAAUCCAUCAACAGUACACCCAUCAAACACACUAGGGCAUGAUCCACCACAGCAGCCGGUUCAAGAUCAAGGGAACACUAGGAGAAGACACUACAGAGGAGUGAGGCAGCGACCGUGGGGCAAAUGGGCUGCGGAGAUCCGGGACCCAAAGAAGGCAGCUCGAGUGUGGCUUGGUACUUUUGAAACCGCCGAAGCUGCAGCACUUGCUUAUGACGAAGCUGCUCUUAGGUUUAAAGGAAGUAAAGCUAAGCUUAACUUCCCCGAAAGAGUUCAAGGCAGAAGCCAAUUAGGCUUCUUGACUAAUCGCCAAGAUUUGCAUGCUGGAACCCAACAAAUGACACAUCGAGUUAUUGUUCCUUCACAAACACCACAAGAACCAUGCUCAAGUAAUUUUCAGUAUCCACAGUUUAUGUUUCCAGGUGGGAACUAUGGCCUUAACUAUGCUGUGCCUGCGGGUCCUUAUAAUAGAGAGCCAUUUCUUUCGCGGACUUCAUCAGCUAUAUCUUCAUCUUCGUCUUCGUCUUCGUCUUCAUCAUCUGCACCUUCUCAUCAACAAGAAGAACUCGUAAGAUUUUCAAUGCAGUUUGGGAGUCCGUACUCUCAUUCUAAUCCUCCUGCUACGAAUUGGAGGAACUUUGAUUCUGCUCAUGGAAGAGACUAGCACGUAGGCAAACAAGUUUCAAUACUUGAGAAACAGUUGAAAAUUUCCGGUUAUGAUAAUGAUGUUUGUUUUUCUUU